AUGGCGCCCUUCCUUCCUCCGCAAUCCGCCUCGAGACCCCUGCCCGAUUUCCUGCCAAGCUCCCCACCCGACCAAGCAAUCUUCAACAACCUUCCGCAACAAACAAGCUCUACCCAAAACGGCAAUGGUGAUAGCAUACAGCAUCGGCAGUCUGCAGACUUUAGGGCAAAUGGGGCGGCAGCAUACACGAAUGGCAAUGGCGCUAUGCCCGUUCCAAACGGCCUGCCUCAUCAGAUUCCGAACGGAGGCUCACGACAUAGAGGUACAAUGAGUCUGGGAGCAUUUGAUGGUCCACGAAGUCCUCCAAACACUAAAAAUACUUCACAUGUCCCUUGCAAAUUCUUCAGAACAGGACAGUGCCAAGCUGGGAAAGCCUGCCCCUUCUCACACUCGACUGACCUCACAACCGCCGAUACGCCUUGUAAAUACUUUGCCAAGGGCAACUGCAAGUUCGGGGCAAAAUGCGCACUGGCACACAUCCUUCCAAAUGGCAGAAGGGUCAAUCGACCGAACGGACCUGUUGGAGGGCAGCUCAAUCUCGGCGGCCGGCUGGAUCCUCAAUUAUACCAGCAAUCAGAUCCUGCUUUGGCACACUCACUCCUAGCUCAGCAGGCGAACGGAGCUCCACUGCCUUUUGGUCAUCAGAUCCCUUCGUAUGCCGAGAAUGAAUACGCCAUACAACAGAAACUUCACGAUAACGUGCCAAUAAUAGACACGGGCUACACAUCACGCCAUGAUUCUACGUAUGGCUCUCCACGGGACGAUAGUCGGUUACCAAUUUCGCCCGUUGCCCACCUCAGUGCCCUUGACGCGCCCAUGCCAGCCUCUUUCGAUAGUCAGGGGAUUUCCUACAUCGCCAGACACGGCGCCGUUGCGGCGUCUGUCCCUUCCAAAUUUGGCCUCGAAUCGCCUCCUGGAUCACUACCGAAGAAAGUUGCUCAACCUACGGACGCGGUCCGGAACUUACACAGCUCAGUAUAUCCAAGAGAGGCCCGUACAAAGGGUCCAGACCUAGGAUCAUCACCUUUAGGAUCCGGCGAUGAAGGGUUUGGACAGCGCAUUAUGCAUUCUAAAAGAAUAGCCAGACCUGGCAUGAUGUCGGCAAGUCUACCCAGAGGUCGAGGGCAUGUGAGUGAUGACUGGGAUGAUGGCUUUAUCUUUGGUGGAGAAGAGGACUUUCUGCCCACCAGCCUUGACGAUCUACUUACCCCACAAGAGAAGAUGCGAAGGCUAUCGAGAACGGAAAAGGAACCCAAAAACAUACGCGACAGUCCCAGUGGGCUGGGCACCCCGGCCGAUUCAUCGAGUAAAGUGGGCUCUCCAGGCACAGGCAGCCCGUCCCGCUACGGUACAUUCUUUGCCCGUCAAAAGCAGGAUGAAAGCAGCAAUAACGCUGCUUCAGCAUUCGGACACGUCGGCUCUCCCCUCCGGAACUCCUCUCUUCACACGCUCGCUAGCCCGCCUCUCCGUGCCACGAAAGUCCCGGGUGACACGUCGCCAGCCUUCGCCAGCCCACCUCGUCAAUCCUCCAUGUCUAUGAUAUCCCAGCAACUGGCACGUGCACGGAUCUCGUCUCAAGCAGCAGAGUCGAAUGAGAAUGCCAACCCUAUUACCAAUCACAACAGCAGUCUCCAGCCUGGUUUGACCCGCCACGCUUCCUUAUCCUCCAUUCCCACGAACCGCGUGCUCUCGUCAUCUAGCGCCGGCGGCACUGGCAGGAUCGAUGAGGAGCAAGGGGAGGGCGUCUUCUCAAUGGAGGAAGAGGAGGACGAUAAUCGGAAACGGUACAGUGGGAACGCGUGGGGCUACAACUCCGGGAAAGCCUCUCCUCGGUUGGGCGCCAUCGGCUCUGGUAGAGGCGGUGGUGCGGAAGGGAAGGAUUACUGGAACGGCAUGGCAUGA